AUGGGUCAGGAUUCAUGCAACCUAUCACCAACUAAACCAAAAAUACUUGUUGGAUAUGAUCCCGCUUAUAAACUUAAUUUAACACCUGGUGUAGAUUUUGAUAUCAACCCAUCAAUUGAUUACUUAAACUAUAUUGAUCCGAUGCAUGGUUGGUAUAAUCCGAAUAGCACACAAAAUACGAAAUUCAUUAAUGAAUUAGUUAGUAUUGUUACUACUAAUAUUUUUGAUGGA